AUGAACUCAAAGAUGAACAGCAUGAUGCUGCUGCUGCGGGCAGUAAAGUGGGAAGUUGAGGCCGGUAGUAGGGUAAAGCAGGAGCAGAGAGAGUCAAACGAGGGUGCCGAGCUCAAGGGUGGACUAGAUGAGUUGGUUACACCAGGCAUGGGGGAGACGGGGGUACAGGCUCCAGGCAUGAGGGAGAGGGGGGUACAGGCAGAGGUGCGGGAUGAAGGGAGGCAUCGGGAUGAGUUGUCUGAGUCGGGAAGGCGUUUUCUGGAAGAGGUGGUGGAGGAGUAUAGUCGGGAGAUGGAACAGAUGGGGAAGCGGAAGAAGAUGGGGGAAAGGGAGGAGACGGAGGAGGUGGAGAGUACGAAGGGUGACGUGGAGAGGUUGAGGAAUGUGGUGGCAGAAAGGGCGGAAGUAGAGGAGGAAAGGGAAAUUUCCAUCAAUAGCCUGAGGAAGGAGGUGGAAGGUCUCAAGUGCGACAGCAGAUAUGGAAUGAAGUGCCUGGACGAGCUGAGGGCUGAGAUGAAGGCAGAAAUGGCUGUGCUGGUGGCGCAGAGGGAGAGGAUAUUUUUUGGCAAGUUGGAUGAGUUGAGGGUUGAGAUGGAAGAGGGAAGGGCGGAGGAGGUAGGGAGGAUGAGGGAGUUGAGAGAGGUGGAAAAUGAGAAGGCAGAGGUGGCAGAGAGGUUGAGUGAGAUGCAGCAUCGGGUGGAGGAGGGGAGGAUGGAGGCAAGCACCCGUGCGGCCAGUGCAUUGGAGGACCGGGAGAGGGUGGAUGGAUUGAGCGUUCGGCUGGAUGGAUGGAGCGUUCGGCUGGAGAACUUCCGGGAAGUUACCAUGAGGGUUGAGGGGGAAAUCCGAGCUCUGUGGGAGGCAUUUCACAGUGUUGGGCUGUGA